AACCCCUCUCGCUUGAAGGACUUGCAAGCGCAGUGAGCGGCGAAGCAGGAGGCCAAGCGCAAAUACAAGAAUCGUAGUACAUCCUUUCCUCUCUUCCUCUUCUUCUUCAUUCAUUCUCUACGAACCGAAACGACAGCAGCCGUUCUUGCUUUCACACGCUCUUUUACCCGCGCCUCACCCCAGUCACUCUUUCGAGUAAAGCCCGCAAGCCAAACCAACCAAAACCAAACACAAACGAAAGCAAGAAUGCGUUUCUCAACCUUUGCUGUCGGCGCGUUCGCCGCGUCUGUCUUCGCUGCUCCAGCUCCUAUUGAGGAGAAGCGCCAACUCGGCAGCGUCGUCGGCCUCCUUAACCCUCUCCUCGGCCAAGUGACCGCCAUCACCGGCGCCAUCAACGCCACCGCCAACGUCGCCGUCCUCGGUGUCAACGCCACCGUCGCUGUCAACCUCACCGAGGUGACCGACACCAUCGUCAAGGAGGUUGACGGUCUCGUCCAGCUCGUCGACACCGUCCUCGAGACCACUGAGGGUCUUACCAACCUCACCAACGUCGGUGGUGUCCUCCAAAUCGUCAACGGCCUUCUCUCUGGUAUCCCUGUCGUCUCUACGGUCACUGGUGUCGCUCGCACUCUCCCAAUCGUCGGCAACGUCCUCCCUGCUAAGCGCCAAAUCGACAUCUCUGUCAACGCUGACCUCGAUGGUGUCGCUGACCUCGUCUCUUCUCUCGUUGCUGAGAUCACUGCCACCAUUGAGAACGCCACCAAGGUUGUCCCAGGUCUCGACCUGAGCGUCUCCCUCAACGGCCUCACCACCUCCCUCAACAACCUUCUCGAUGCUGUCGAGGACCUCGUCAACGGUGUCCUCGGUGUUGUCAGCAGCAUCCUUAAGGCCCUCCCAAUCACCAACAUCCUCAACCUCAAGAUCGAGAUCUAAGCUGCUCUCCGCAACUCUUGUUUCAUCCUCAGCGUCUCUUAAUUACACAAAGACGAAAGGGCAGGACAACAGCGAUGCAGGACUUUGUCGCAUGCUAGAAGCAUGACUUUCAUCAGCCCCUUUCGUUUAGAGAGAGCAUGGCGUGCUUGAUGCAUGGCAAAGAACAAACACAGGAUCUAGGGAGAUACGGCCAACAAUGAUGGGAUGUCCUUUUGCAUAGCCGGUUGGCCCAUGGUACAAUCGGCCCCAACCAGCAAAGCUACAGUUCUGUUGUACAUAUAAUCGCGAGCACAGUAAUGUCGUUUUAGCCGGGUUUUUCAUAGAACAGCCUUUUUCGUGUUCGUAAAUCCGGAACAGAGAGCAUUACGAUAAUGAUUGUUUACCUGAUUUUGGACUCCUCAUUCACAAAAUGUUG